AUUUGACGGGAUUCCAGCCGCCGCUGCCUGGGAGAGAAAAUAAAUCCGUUGCUGCUAAUCAGACUCUUUAUGAAAUCAGACUUAAAUAAAUACUCUUGCCGCCAGUGAGCGGAGCAGAGCUGUUUAUUGUGCAUGCGGUGAGAAAAGCACGGGGAAUGUGAGUUUUUUUGGGGGGGCGGGGAGUGGGGUCGGUUUUUUGUUUUUAAAUAGAUGAAGUUAGAGGCUCCAGCUGGGAUUUCAUUAGCUAGCUGCGGGCUAGCUGACUGGGCUAAAGUAGCCUAGCGGAGCAGCGCUGGAUGAAGUUGGCACGGGCGGACUGGGAUCGGAGCCUGCUGUCCGGGUCGCACGCUCCCUUUUCUCGCCACUUAUUCGCGUGGGCUGCUGUUGUUACGUAGCGGACGCUGUCGUCUCGCAGAGAAAAGGCGAUACCUGGGUGCAAAUGCUGUUUGGCCGCCGUGCACCGUUACGUUAUUAUUGAUUGUUUUUGUUGUUUUGUUUUUGCAAAUCCAUUGGCGAGCUAACAGGACAUUAGCCACACCGCGAGGCCAUGGACCGACGAGCGUCCAGCACCGCCGGGCUGAGUGGCAGAUAAUCACCGAUGGAAGUCUUCUCAGCUCUGCUUCUCUUUCUGGAAAUGCAUCGACGUGCUGGAGCCUUUUCGAAUUUAGGAUAAAAGAGAAAACAGGCGGGAUUUACAUCUCCACUCUUUCAGCCAAGUCUUCCAGAGGGAAAAAAAAUAAAUAAAUAAGCGAAACCUGCGAAUAUAGAAUGUCUGCGGCAAAAGAAAACUCCUGCAGGAAAUUUCAGGCGAACAUCUUCAACAAAAGCAAAUGUCAAAACUGCUUCAAACCGCGAGAACUGCAUCUCUUAACGGAUCAGGAUUUGACCCAGGCUAAACCUAUUUAUGGUGGGUGGCUGUGUUUGGCCCCUGAGGGAACUGACUUUGAUAAUCCCAUGCACAGGUCCCGGAAAUGGCAAAGGAGAUUCUUUGUGCUUUACGAACAUGGCUGUCUACGCUUUGCCCUAGACGAAUCGCCAAGCACACUGCCUCAGGGCACAGUGAACAUGAACCUCUGUACGGACAUCAUUGAUGCUGAGCCAAAGACUGGCCAGAAGAACUCUCUGUGCAUCAUCACGCCAGACCAGGAGUACUUCAUCCGAGGAGAGAACAAAGAAAUUAUCAAUGGGUGGAGUGAACAGCUGGUGGUGUAUCCUAGAACCAACAAACAAAACCAGAAGAAGAAGAGAAAAGUCGAGCCUGCAACUUCCCAGGAGCCGGGUCCAGCAAAGGUAGCAGUGACUGGCUCUGGUAUUCCUGAAGCAGAGAAGGUUCCAGAUGCCAGCUCUAUCAUCUGGCAGGAGGAGCUGAACCAGAGGGAGACUGAGGGGGUUUCUGUCUGGUCCACUGCUGACCUACCUCCAAGCUCUCCAUUGCCCCCUGCAGAUGACUGUGCGACUGUGAGCCAGGCUUCUGACGCGGGCUCUGUGAAUGGUGAUGAGGUGGACCGGGCCGGUCUGGCACUGCAUGGCCCCACCCCGCAGCCACCCAGUGACCUGCUCUCUCCAACAGGCUCCUGUUCCAGCCUGGGCGGUGUCCCGCGAUGCCUCUCCCCAGCGCCAAGCGACCCCUUCCCGUCAGGCAGCUCCCUGCUCUCCAACGGCUCCCACAUUAGUGGCUCGGUCAGCUCACUGGACUCUGAUGCCAGCGGCAGCACCGUGACCAGUACCGACAGCCACCCGUCUGCUCAGAGAGGCAGCUACCCGUACAGCCACCACGAUGCACAGCGAUCUCGACGGCUGGAGGCGGAGGCCAGGAAGGCUGAGAAAAGGAGCCGCUUUCAGAGCCCAGACAGGCAAGAGAAGGAGGCUGUUAUGAGCCCCGAGAGGAGUCGCUCCGGUGUUAUUGAGAAGCUGGAGGCACUGGAGCUGGAGAAUCCAGAGAAAAUGCAGACAGAAGAGUCUGGAGGGAGCGGAGCCAGACAGGGUCGCAGUGAGCACAGGCGUGUCCGUAGAGAGGAGCGUGACGUGGGUCAUGGGCUGGACUUCCCCUCCACCCUGCCCCCGCUGAGGAGAGCCAAAUCCCUGGACCGUAGGACUACUGAGUCUGUCAUGACACCUGAUUUACUGAACUUCAAGAAAGGCUGGAUGGUGAAACUGGAUGAGCAUGGCCAGUGGAAGAAAUACUGGUUUGUGUUGACGGAUCACAGUCUGAGAUACUACAAGGAUUCAAUAGCAGAGGAGGCCUCGGACCUGGAUGGUGAGAUUGACUUGUCUACUUGCUACAAUGUAACUGAAUACCAGGCACAACGCAAUUAUGGCUUCCAAAUACAUACCCAGGAAGGAGUGCAUACUCUGUCGGCCAUGACAGCUGGUAUACGCAGGAACUGGAUUCAAGCUGUCAUGAAGAACGUCAGACCAUCUAAUGCCCCCGAUGUAGCAAGCUCGACUGAGGAUCACAGCUCCUUCUCAUCUUUGGAGGGCCUCGUUAGGCCAGAUGUCACCCAGGACUCCCCUUCAUCCGAAACUUCCUCUGUGGAGAGAGAUUCCAUUCAUGGAAUCCCAAAGAGCCGAGCACGUGAACGUAGAAGAGAAGGCCGCUCUAAGACAUUUGACUGGGCAGAGUUCAGGCCAAUUGCUCAGGCCUUGGCUCAACAGCGAGCACAGGAGGCAGAGAGUCUUCAGGUUGAUUUGGGGGAGCUGGAGCGCAGUCGGAGAAGAGAGGAGAGGCGGAAGAGGUACGAGACUGUGACUAGCUCAUCUGUAGAAAAUGCACCCAUUUCUGAAGCUGGAAGGAUAUGCGCUGAGAGCGAAGCUGGAGUCGGACACGUUGGACCAGAUUCAGUAGGACCCUCGUCUUUGGAGAAGCAACAGAGGGUGGAGGAAGCAAUUGAACAGCACUGGCGACAGGUGGAGAAGACGCCUAUAAGGGAGGAGAGGAGGGUGCCUCUGCCAACAACACUGCACUCCAGAGACACGGCAGAGCUGGAAAAACUGCUGGAAAAUUACAAGCAAGGGAUAGAGGACCUGAAGUCGCAGUUGGAGAGCUGUCACCAGCAGCUCAUCAACUCCAACAAGCACAAGCAGGAGCUGGAGCUCCAGCUGAGAACAACUCUGGAGAGAGAGCUGGACAUCUGCACAGGUUACAUCUCUCCGCUGGAGCACCCUUCGGUUCUGGAGGCUGAUCGGACGCCCCAGAUGAAGAGGCCAGAACUGGCCACCUGUGAGAGAGGUUUUGCUGCUAUGGAGGAGUCACAUCAGAAGGUGAUAGAUGAGCUUCAGCGUAAACACCAGCGGGAGCUGGAGAACCUGCAGGAGGAAAAGGAGCGGCUGCUGGCCGAGGAGACGGCAGCCACCAUUGCUGCAAUUGAAGCUAUGAAAAACGCCCACCGGACCGAGUUGGAAAAGGAGCUGGACAAGGCACGCAAGGCCAACAGCAAUACGGAGAACGCAGAUAUCGAGGAAAUUCGCAGACAGCACGAGGAGGAGUUGUGCUCAUUCCAGCGAGAGAUCGAGGUUUUGUCGGAGCAGUAUUCCCAAAAGUGUCUGGAAAACGCUCACCUGGCCCAGGCGCUGGAGGCGGAGAGGCAGGCCCUCAGGCAGUGUCAGCGAGAAAACCAGGAGCUCAACGCGCACAACCAAGAGCUGAACAACCGUCUCGCAGCAGAGAUCACAAAGAUGCGCUCCAUGAGCACAGAGGAUGGAGUCGACACGGGCACCACCAUCCAGGGAAAAGAACUCUACGAGUUAGAGGUGAUGCUGAGGGUGAAGGAGUCUGAGGUCCAGUACCUGAAGCAGGAAAUUAACUCACUGAAAGAUGAGCUUCAAGCUGCCCAGAGAGACAAGAAAUACGCAACAGAUAAGUACAAGGACAUCUACACCGAGCUGAGUAUCGUCAAGGCCAAAGCGGAGCAGGAUCUGAGCCGGCUCAGAGACCAGCUGCAGCUGGCGCACGAGGCGCUUGGGGAACCCUCGCCGGAGGAUGUGGAGCGAGGAGGAUACGAUAUCAUGAAGUCCAAAAGCAACCCCGACAUUCUCAAGAUGGCAGCCGCUGCUGCCAAACGCUCAGAGCGCACCAUGAGGUCAAAGAGUCUGAAGGAGGGGCUGACGGCCGAGCAGAGACUCCACCUGUUUGAAAAUAAAGACACUAAAGAGUUCUGACAGCAGCACCAACUCGAUUCAACUCGCUGCAUGUUUAGAAGCAAACUAUUAUUUUAGCUUUGUAAUUAUUUAGCAACACUACACACUGGUCAUAAAAAGUGUUAUAUUGAAAAAAAAACAUGGUAUGAAGUUUGAAGUUAAUGUCUAGAGUUUUCAUUCCAUGCACUCCAGUUAACUGUGACUUUUUUUUUGCUGCCAUCUUACUGUAAAUACUGUUUUUAAUUGCGCGCCUGUCAUGCGUACACUAAACCCACAACUGUGUAAGCUACUGUUUUAACUCUAUAGACUGUGUCCACGGCCAAAAGCACAAAUGUGAUUAUCGGCUAAAACGCAAACUACGUAUUGACGAUUUAGUAAUAACCAGCUAUAGGAACUAGUCCUGCAUCCAGAUAUGCACGUUGCAGUUGCUAUGGUCAUUAUGCACAUAUUCACUAUGUCAUCGCUUCAGCUUGGGUGGACGUGUGAAAUCUGUCAAAGAGGAAAAAAAAAGUGCAAGCACCUGCUACAUACGUUUGCUUUGUCGCCCGACUUGUCUGCUUAGGAAUGCUGAAUGACAGCAUCGCUGCAGCUCCCACAUAAGUGUAGAAAACUGACAGCUGAAUGCACAUGGAGGGGAUCACAGACUAUUGUUUAAAUAUAUAUGAAAGAAAGUUUAUAUUGGUUUUUCCCCCCUCGCUCACUGCAGUCAUCGGUCCAGCUGUACAGUCAUUGGAGGUGGUCAUGUUUGUAGUCUCAGUGGCAGUCCCUUUGUAUUUAUUUAAAUGGUUGGGAUUUUUCUUUCACAUUCCCACUCCUCUGUACUCUGACUGUAAAUACAAAGCAAAUAUACACCAACUGACGACAGGUUAAUUAGCAAUAAAUAUUUUUGCACCCUUU